UUUUGGCAGUGGGGGGUGGAGCUUCCAGAGCCAGCCCAGCAGCAUGCUGCUUUGGGAUAGGCACUCAGAUGCCCUGCUCCACGGCUCUGCUGGCUGCUGAGACUCAGGACUGUGACAAUGUGUAUUAUAAAGUUGCCAUUUGGAGCCGAUUUGGAAAUAGGGAAAGCGAGAGUUGGGGAUUUUAUAAUUCAGAAGAAAUUAGAUUUGACAGAAGCACAGCUUCUCCUCUGGGACCCUGCUCUGCUUUCUUCCAGGGUGGAGGUGGAGAGCUGGGCAGGGGGGUCUCCCCUAGUGUACACAGGACAGUGGCAUCAUUUGUAGGCUUGUGCCUGGAGCCUGGACACCUGAAGAUCCCAUCUGGCACCAAGUCAUGUCACCACUUCAGAGCCUCUGCUGACCUGUGAUGGACAACUUCCAGUACAGUGUCCAGCUCAGUGACCAGGACUGGGAGGAGUUCUCAGCCACCGCUGAUGAGUGUGGCCUCUUACAGGCUGGUCUGGCUUCUGGGGACGAGCUCUUUUCCAGUGACAUUGACCAAGGGGACAGCAGUGGUAGCAGCCCACCUGGGCCCCCACCCCUCCUCACUGGGCAACUGGCAUCCCAGGGAAAGAGCUGUCAGGCCUGUGAGGAGGAGGGCAGUGUGGCCACUUGGCAGCUGGCCAGCAGGUCUCUGUGUGAGCCAGUCCUGGCUCUGGGGGCCAAUAAGCAGGCAGCCGGCACGUCUGCACAGCCUGAAGCUCUGUUGUCCUUCAGCUUGGGCACUGCCCUUCCUGACCAGUGCUCCUCCUUUCUUGGGUCAGUAGAUCCCAGUGACCCGAUGCAGAGGUUUCUGCAAGGCCCUGCCCCCAAUCCCUCUGGUGAGCCCCCCCAGAGUUCUAAUUCCCCCUGCCACACUGCCAUCCCUCAAAAGUCCCCCAACAGUCCUGACACCCUUCUGCGGAGCCCUGGCCGCAAGAAGAAGCGUGCAGCAGGGGCCAAGGGGGGCAGAUACUCAGAUACCCCAGGGCCUGCUGUGGCCUCACCAGGCUUUGCAAAGCUCUCUGAGGCCAGGCCUAAGGAAAGCCUUGGUCUGGCUGGGGCCAGGGGUAAGGGGUCUGGGGCUGGGACAGCAAAGACGAUGGCAGGAGCCCAGAACAAGCCUCAGCCAGACUCUGCAGGUGCUCUCUCCAUUCCUGUCCCCAUAACUGAGCAACAUACAGACCAGACCAGAAUGACCCCCAGAGAUGAGUUACACAGGGCUUCUGUACCUGUCCGAGAGGCUCAUCGAGCUGCUUCCAUGGCUGAGGCAGAUGAAGCUCCACCUAUAACCUCUACCAAGCCCAAACCUGAAGUGGCCUUGUCUACACCCGACUCCAUACCUCAACUGCUUUUGGAUCUGCCUGUCUCAGUGGCUGUGCCCGGUAGGGCUCUGCCUCAUUCUGCUUCCAGGACUGAAUCUGAUGUAGGAGCAUCUACAGCCGUCCCUGGGGCUGAGGCUGUGGCGCCCUCCCAGCAUCCUAUUCUCCAGAUGAAGGCUGAUAUAAUAGAGACACAGAUAACUGUGCCUUCAAGAGGGCACCAAGAGAAACCUGGAGGGGCUCCUGGACAUACUUUGGGGGAGCCUCCCCCAGGCCCUGCCCAACUCCCCAAGAAGAAAAAAGUACGAUUCUCCAUGACUGCGCCCAGCCCUGAGGACCCAGGAUCAAAAGAGGCUAUAGGUUCACCUUCAUCAGCUUCAGCCUGGCCCUCAACUCCAGGGAUGGCAGUGGGGGGCCGCGAGGGGUCUGCAACCUGGGAUGCAGUGGCAGUUGGGCCUCGGACCCCCCAGCCUCGGAUUCUCAAACACCUGCCACCCCCUGCUCCCUCUGCUUCUGCAGGUACUGGGUCUGGGAGUUGCUUUGCAGUGACUCUCCCUGAGGCCUAUGAGUUCUUCUUUUGUGAUACCAUUGAGGAGGAGGAAGAGGAGGAGGAAGGUUCCAAUGAGGAGGAAAUAGCCAGCCAGGCACUGGGUGAUGUCCAAUGGCCGGACAUAUGCGAAUUUUUCUUCCGGGACUUCCACACACAGACAUUGGGGCACCAGGGGAGCUGCUCCCCCAGUCCACCUCCAGGAGCUGACCCUGCAACAACUGUGGCCCCUGGAGACCCAGUGCCCUUCUCUAUCCCUGAGGCCUAUGAACACUUCCUGGGGGAGGACAGGUUUCGGGGUGAGGUGCCCCCCAUUCCCCUUCUCCAGCUGCAGACCUUGGAGACCCCCAGGAACAUAGGGACAAGGACCCCACCUGAGCCUGGCCCAGCCAUAGUGGAGCAGCUCAGCCUGGCAGCCAAGCGGGCAGGAGAGCUCCGGCGACCCCUCACUUCAUUUACCUUCAGUCAGAAUGACAUGUGUCUGGUGUUUGUAGCCCUUGCCACAUGGGCUGUAAGAACCUCAGAUCUACAAACCCCAGAUGCUUGGAAAACAGUCUUGCUGGCCAAUAUUGGCACCAUCUCUGCUAUCCGCUACUUCCGCCGGCAGGUGAGGCAAGGGCGCAGCACCAGCUCCAGCCCCAGCCAUGACCCCAGCUCUAGCUCCUAGGACCAGGCCUGGUCUAGGAAGACU